GUAUACGGCGUAUAUCUACUAUGUAGUAUACUCUAUGGUAACACCCCUGUAUAUUACAUAUUAUAAUAAUUCUUUUAGUGGAUACCUUUAAUAUAAUUACACUUCAUUUCCUUACUGGCUUACUAGUUCUUAUAAUCUCUUAUAAUCUAAUACUCAAUAUCGAUAAAUUUAAAAAAAAACAAUGCCACUCAAGUGCUUUGUACCUGGUUGUGACACUGGCUUGUUGACUGAUCGCAAAAGGUUACAGAAUGAAGGAAAAAAAUAUCCUUCGAUAUUCCAUCCCCCUGAGGUAAUAGAUAAAUAAAUCAUCAUAUUAAAAACUAGAAGUGUCUAACUGUUACUUGUUAGUAUAACAACAAACCAAUUUUAUAUGUAGAUUGUAGAUGUUAACUAUUAAGUAUUUGUUAGUACAGUCUAUUGACUGUUGUAGUAUGUGUUUUCAAACGAAUAUUAAGUUUUAAAUACCUUACUGUUGAGGUAUUUUUUUUUUUUUUUUGAUUAUUUAAUAUUCUUUAUUUCAUUAGUAUUUGAAAGCCAAAAUUUAGGUUUUCAAAUGAGCCAAUCUUAAUAUGGUCUAGUUUUGUAGAACAUGGUUGAUAUUUGGAAUAGAAAAAUACCAAGAGCAGAUAAAACUUUAAGUAUUAAAGAUGGAGUAUGCCAACUUCAUUUUACACCUAGUGAUAUACAUACAACUAAAGUAUGUAUAGAUUCAGAUGGCAGUGAAAUUGUAUACCCACUCAUUAGACCCAAACUGAAAUUUGAAGCAGUCCCUUGCAUAUUUCCAAAUUUACCAUCAUAUUUAAGCUCAAAAAAUUUGAAAAAACGUAAACCCCCAGUUCAGAGAACAAUGACUUUUGUUAAAGAAAAAAGAAUUAAGUCAAGUUCUAACAAUUGUUCUAAAGAAUUGUUUCCAUCAUCUUAUGAAGAUACAUCUACUGAAAUAAAUAACUUUCUGACUGAACAAUCAUCUGAAACAAAAGAUAUAGUAACAUUUAAUAUUCAUCUAAAUGGAAAAAAUAUUAAAUUGCCUGGACCAAUGUGGGGGUUACAUACCGAUGGUUUCGAGGAAACUAUAUUUACACACAUCAAUGGAAUUCUCAAUGAUAAAUGUGUUAAAUUUAUUACUCCUACAACAGCUAAGGUGUUCAUAAGAGGUAAUGACAUAGGUUUUGAAACAAAUGUUGAUAGUUGUGAUGACGUGGACAAUUUGUUAACUAAAAUAGAAAAUAUGAAAUUAUGCCCCGGUUUCAUCUUAAAUAGUUCACAACAAUGGUCUCCCAGAUGUUUAUUAAGUAUCAAAGGGAAAGAAUCUAGAUGCACACAUUGUUCUUACAAAAAUAAAUAUUUAAGUAAAACAAAAUUUGUACCAGUGAAGUUAUCAAAACUAUAUAACAAAAAAGCACAACAAGCACGUAGACUUUCUAAAAGGGUUAAUAUUAUGAAAACUAAUAUCAUUAGUUUAAAAAAAAGUUUUUCAAAAUUAAAAGAAGAAAAAGUAAACUGCUUGAUUAAGGACCUUCCUGAAAAGCAGCAAGAAGCUAUUAAAAUGUGCUUUAAAGCAUGUUCAGCCCAAUCCGGCCAUGGUGUAAGAUAUACUACUAAUUGGGUGUACGAAUGUAUUUUGAUGAAAAUUAAAACUCCUGCUUUAUAUCAAAAGAUGUAUAGGGAAAAAAUAUUGCCUUUACCAUCAACUGUGACUUUACAACGGUACAUAAAAAAAUUAAAACCAGCUUAUGGAUUUCAUACUAGUACUUUCCAAAUGCUUGAAGAAAAAUCUAAAAAUAUCAAAAGUGCAGAGCGUCAUGGUUGCUUACUUCUAGAUGAGAUGUCACUUUCGCCUUCAGUGACAUUUAAUAAAUCUACUCUGAAUGUUGAUGGACUAGUUGACUUGGGUAAAUAUACUCCAGAACAACAAGAAAACGAAUUAGGCGAUCAUGCCUUAGUGUUCAUGUAUCAACCAUAUCAAGGACCAUGGAUUCAAGCAAUUGGAGCAUUUUUAAGUAAAGGUGCAGCUCCUAAUGAAGUUCUUCAAAAGCUUAUAGUUGAAGCAGUGAUACUGUUAGAAAAAUCAGGAUUUAAAGUACACAAUGUUGUUACUGAUGGAGGUCCUUGGAAUAGAGGCAUGUGGAACUCAUUUGGUAUAACAAAUACAAAUGUCAGUUGUCAACAUCCAAUGGAUUCUGAAAGAAGGUUAUGGUUUAUAUCCGACUUUCCACAUUUGAUUAAAACUAUGUGGACAAGAAUACUUAAAAAUAAAAUCCUGAAGACUCCUGAAGGUUACAUAAAAUUUGAGUAUUGGAAAUAUUUGGUUCAACACGAUGAACUAAAACAUAUUAAACUUUGUUACAAACUAACAAAAGAUCAUUUGUUCCCUCAACAUUUCCAAAAAAUGAAUGUUAAAAUGGCCAUGGUUAUAUGUGUAUUUGAAUUAGUUUUUCAGUAA